AUGAUUACAGUGUGCGCUCAGCUGAUUGAAGGCGCUAAGAAAGAGAACCUCGUCGUAAAAGGCCCUAUUCGUCUUCCGACUAAAGUGCUGCGCAUCACUACUCGCAAAACUCCAUGUGGAGAAGGGUCAAAGACCUGGGAUCGUUUCCAGAUGCGCAUCCAUAAGCGCCUCAUUAACCUGCACACACCUGCUGAUCUCUUACGCCAGAUCACCUCCAUCUCCAUUGAGCCCGGAGUUAAUGUUGAGGUCACUCAGGCCAACUAA